AUGGACUAUAUGAAUCGGAUAUUUCAACCUUACUUGGACCAGUUUGUGGUGAUCUUUAUUGAUGACAUUCUUAUUUAUUCUCGUACUCCACAAGAGCACGGAGAACAUCUAAGGAUUGUUCUAUCAGUACUGCAAGAGAAACAACUUUUUGCCAAGUUAAGUAAGUGUGAAUUUUGGAUGAACGAAGUGAAGUUUCUUGGUCAUGUCAUAUCACAAGGAGGAGUAUUAGUAGAUCCAUCUAAAGUCGAAGCAGUUAUUAAUUGGGAAAGACCGAAGAAUGCUUCCGAAGUCAGAAGUUUCUUAGGUUUGACAGGUUGCUAUGGAAGAUUUAUUAAAGGGUUUUCUCAUUUAGAUUUACCAAUGACUAGACUUACCCGAAAAGAAAUUUCGUUUAAAUGGGAUUCGAAGUGUGAGCAGAGUUUCAUGAAUCUGAAGGAAAAACUAACAACUGCUCAUGUUUUAAUCAUCCCUGAUCCUAGUAAGUCAUAUGAAGUGUUUUGUGAUGCCUCUAAGAAAGGAUUAGGAGGGGUGUUAAUACAGAGUGGUCAAGUUGUAACAUAUUCCUCUUGUUAG